UGGAAUCGAAUACAUGAGUACUGUCCUUAGUUUAAUCAGUCAGUAAACUGAUCUUUUCCUGUUACUCAUUCGGAGGUAAACACGAUUUAAGCAAUCAACGCUAGAGAGACCGGACCAGUCUAACCGCACACACGGGCGCGGUCACAUUAUUACAAUAAACGCAGUUUAAACGACAAAAUGAAGACCGCUCUAGUAUUUCUCGUGGUGCUACUAUCUGUAAUAUGUGUCAGCCACUGUAAAGAUUUGAUUGUAGGCACGAGUUUCAACAACAGACUACUCUGGCAACAGAAAGUAGAAUACAACGCGAUCCCUUUGAAGAAACGCGUCAAAGAAGUAUUUUUCUCCGAUCCAGGACAACAGAUUAUUAAGGGUGUAAUCGCUAGAGAUUUGGACCACACAGAUGCUACAGCGAGCAUCACCGCUGGCGGCGUAGGGUUCUCUUAUGCAAACUUCAGAUUUAAGAGCGACAGGGGUUCCGGCCUUAACUACCAGUUAGAAAUAUAUACGUAAUCCUGUAUACCAACCAAAACCAGUUACAAAAUUAUGCAUAAAAAGUUCUAUCGAAUUUAAAUUCAUCUUUCAAUGUUUUAUUCAUGUCGACACGCAGUUAGGUGUUGUAAAUUGAUAAAAUACAAUUACCUCCAUUUUGUAAUAUUUCUUGUAUGUAUAUUAAUAUUAUAUAGAAAUAGAUAAAACUCUUUUAAGAUUCGUUUCAUUUAAU